GCCAGAGGAGAUAAGACAUCCGUUUCCCUACAAGAAACUCUCCCCGGGCUGAGCAAGAUGGAUUAUCAAGUGUCAAGUCCGCUCUAUGACAUUGAUUAUGGUCUGUCAGAGCCCUGCCAGAAAAGCAACGUGAAGCAGAUCGCAGCCCAGCUCCUGCCCCCACUCUACUCACUGGUGUUCAUCUUCGGGCUUGUGGGCAACAUGCUGGUCGUCCUCACGCUGAUAAACUGCAAAAAGCUCAAGAGCAUGACUGACAUCUACCUGCUCAACUUGGCCAUCUCUGACCUGCUCUUCCUGCUCACUGUCCCAUUCUGGGCGCACUAUGCUGCAGCCCAGUGGGACUUUGGAAAUACCAUGUGUCAGCUUUUGACGGGGCUCUAUUUUAUAGGCUUCUUCUCUGGAGUUUUCUUCAUCAUCCUCCUGACAAUCGAUAGAUACCUGGCUAUUGUACACGCUGUGUUUGCUUUAAAAGCCAGGACGGUCACUUUUGGGGUGGUGACAAGUGGAGUCACCUGGAUAGUGGCUGUGUUAGCCUCUCUCCCAGGAAUCAUCUUUACCAGAUCUCAAAAAGAAGGUCUUCGGUACACAUGCAGCCUUCAUUUUCCGCACAGUCAGUAUCAGUUCUGGAAGAACUUUCAGACAUUAAAGAUGCUCGUCUUGGGCCUGGUCCUGCCACUGCUCGUCAUGGUCAUCUGCUACUCGGGAAUCCUGAAAACCUUGCUUCGGUGUCGAAACGAGAAGAAGAGGCACAAGGCUGUGAGGCUCAUCUUUGCCAUCAUGAUUGUGUACUUCCUCUUCUGGGCGCCCUACAACAUCGUCCUUUUGCUGAACACCUUCCCGGAAUUCUUUGGCCUGAAUAACUGCAGUAGCUCUAAUGCGCUGGACCAAGCCAUGCAGGUGACAGAGACUCUGGGGAUGACACACUGCUGCAUCAACCCUGUCAUCUACGCCUUCGUCGGGGAGAAGUUCAGAAACUACCUCUUAGACUUCUUCCACAAGCACAUUGCCAAACCUUUCUGCAAGUGCUGUCCGAUCUUCCAGCGAGAGAUCCCUGAGCGAGUAAGCUCAGUUUAUACCCGAUCCACUGGGGAGCAGGAAAUAUCUGUGGGCUUGUGACCUGGACUCAAGUUGGCUUAUGACCUGUACCCAGUUGUGCACAUGACUCAGUUUUUACACACAUCCUGGGGUGGGAGAGGUUCUUUUAAAAAGGAAGUUUACUGUCAUAGAGGGUCUAAGAUUCAUCCAUCUAUUUGGCAACUGAGUUAAGUAUAUUAGAUCUUUUAAGUCUGUCAAUUCUAGAAAGUCAAAUCAAAAUACGUUGAUGAAAUAGUAACCUUUUCGUCUCCCCUCCACCUACCUCAAGUUAUUGGCAAAUUCUCCCUUCACUGCAAAAGUUCAUUAUAUAUAUAAAAAAAAAUCCUUAGAGAAUUCCUUAUUUUUGAGUUUUGUUACCUGAAUAGAAAUAACAAAAUUAAUUGAGAAAUGUAUUAUAUAGCAAGGCAAUCAAUAUACAAGUUGUAAAUGUGCUUAAAACAGGUCUUUGUCUUACUAUGGGAAAAAAGACAUGAAUGUGAUUAGUUAAGAAAUGACGUCUUUCACUUGUAAUUUCCCCUCCAAGUUAUAUUUAAUGAGUUUCACCCACUUUCAGGACCAGGCGAGAACUCUGUGGCCUGGAAGAGAUGGGGAAGCUUCUUAAAUGAGAAGGGAUUUGAGUUGGGCCAUCUGUUGGUGCAGGGAAGCGAAGCGUGCUUCAGGCUUCAGGCACCACGUGGGCAAAGCUUGGCUGUGGGAGGACACCGGGCUGGUUGGGAGAGAUCCUGGGGAGAAAGGACAAGGCUGGAUCAUGAGGAACCUUGAGCA